GUUUUUUGAAGAAAGUGUUUAUAUUUUGGUUUUGGCGGGUUUUAUACAAGUGUAACAGUUUUGUGUUUGGGUUUUUAAUAUGAAUGUGAAUGAAGGAACUCCCAGUUGCAGUGGUCUCCGAAAACGAAAAAGGGAUGUUGAUGAUGAGAAUAAAAGGCCGCUGACCAGUGCUGAAUUGGAGGCGUGUUUAAAUGACUCAGAGGAAAGUGAUUUUGAGUUUUCCAGCGAUGAUGAUAAGGACCGUUCGUUUAAUCCGGAUAGAGAAGAAAGUAGUUCAGAGUCUGAAGAAAAUGUAGAAUAUAGUAGCCUAGAUGAUAUAUCAAGAAACGUGAGGACACCGGAAGUGCCAACCACUACAGAAGCAGAGAACAUUGAAGAAUCGUGGACGGAUAUUGAAGUAGAUCCAACGGAGUUUCCUUUUGCUGGUGCAAAGAAAAUUAGGAUUAGUGAUCUUCCGCUCAAUCCAGAUCCAUUAGAUUACUUUGGUCUUUUUUUUUGAUGAAGAUAUUUUUAAAAUAAAAAAACAGUCAAUUUAAUUUAACAGGACAUGAAAAAAUCCCGACAAUCCAUGAAGAUAAUUCCAUCAACUUAUCAACGGAUUUCGGGACACAUGGCUCCUUCGCCAAACUAUCAGGAAUUAAAACAUUUAUUUGGAAAUCGGUCCAAAUACCACGGAACAGCGAACACACAAGGACGGGGUUUGUUUGAAAAUUCGUAGUCCUAAUUAGGUUUAAUAAUAAUGAUUAAUAAUUACUUAAUCAACUAAUUUUUUUUAUAAUAUUUGUGUUCUUUUAGAAUGCUUUUCUCCAGGGUAAACUAAAAUAAGAUCGGAAUGUUCUCUACCUAUAUAUCAGUAGAAACUAGAGUCAAAUCGGACAAAUUUUUACUGAGCAGUCAGUACUUUUGUAGACACAUUUUGUUUGAAAAUUCAUGGUCCUAAUAAAUUUGAAUAAUAACGGUUUAGUAAAGAAAUAGUCUAUACUUGCAAUGGACUCAUAGAUUAAGGUAAAAUGAAUUUUACUUAUUAGUUAAGCAUCAUUCAGUAUUUAUUAUUUCCGACAUGUUUCGGACAUAGCGAUGUCCAUCAUCAGGGGAUAAAAAGUUUAUAAUAAUAAAUAAAGUGUUUUUUGACAUAGACUCAAACCCUGGUCUGUAUAACUUAUAUACCAAUUUUAAACCCCUGAUGAUGGACACCCUUGUGUCCGAAACACGUCGGGAAAUAUAUAAACUGAAUGAAGUUUAAUAAAUAAGUGGAGGGAGACAGUAAUUAUUAUUUAAGCAAUUUUGUUUUUGAUUAUUAGAACUCUUUAUUACAAGAAGGCUGUUUUUAAUAAAUAGCGUUGUAACGUAUUUUUUUAUUAAUAUUUUCGCAUAGUG